GUAGUGGUAUUUGUAUGUGAUGCACACUUGGAUUGGGAAACAGCAUCAUAAACCACAGCAAACUGUUGAGACCAGUGUUAGACCCGUUCACCUGUUAAUCACAAACGUUAUUUUUAAGUGUAUUGCGAUUUGUGUUCCUUAAAAACAUCCCGACAAGGGAACUGGUUCCAUCCUUGUGGUGCGGUGGGGGCGGAGUGAUACGACAGAGGUCGACCGGCUGGGUGUGUGUAGUUCCGGCAGAAGCGGACAUCUUGUUGAGUAACUGCGGAGAACACAAGAGCGAGGGAGAGGGAAGUAGUUGCUGGCUGUACCCAGCGUUGUAAGAGCCAUCAAAACCAGUGACAGAGAAACCCCCACUUGAUCGUAGACUGGCUGUGUGACUGGGAGAGAGCGUUACGAGUGUUUUUGUACUGGUGAAUUUCAACUCGGACCACAUUACCCCCUUCCUUGAUAACCACAAAGAAAAAGAAUGGCGCUGAAACGAAUUCACAAGGAGCUGAAUGACUUGGCACGGGAUCCACCAGCACAGUGUUCUGCGGGUCCAGUUGGAGAUGACAUGUUUCACUGGCAAGCCACAAUCAUGGGACCUAAUGACAGUCCAUAUCAAGGUGGUGUAUUCUUCUUGACAAUUCAUUUUCCCACAGACUACCCUUUCAAACCUCCUAAGGUUGCAUUUACAACAAGAAUUUAUCACCCAAAUAUUAACAGUAAUGGCAGCAUCUGCCUCGAUAUUCUAAGAUCACAGUGGUCUCCUGCAUUAACUAUUUCUAAAGUUCUUUUGUCCAUUUGUUCACUGUUAUGUGAUCCUAACCCAGAUGAUCCACUAGUGCCAGAGAUUGCACGCAUCUACAAAACAGAUAGGGAAAAGUAUAAUAGGCUAGCAAGAGAGUGGACAGAAAAAUAUGCAAUGCUUUAGGGUACAACAGAAUAGCCCGGGAAUGGACUCAGAAGUAUGCAAUGUGAUGCUACCUUGUGGAAGUUGGAACAACCUGCAUUAUAGCUGGAAUAAACUUUAAAUUACUGGUUUCUUUGGUUUUUCUUAUUUGGCUGCUCCCCUUAUCAGACCAUAUCGUUUUUGCCCCCAUUUGUGCACAUGCUCUUGUAAGAAGAUAGUUUCUCCAGCUUGGACAAGACCAGCUUUAUGAAUUUCAAAAGUAGUUUUCAUCAAAAUCGCCCAAAGUUCUGAACUCUUAAUGGAGCAUGUGUCUACAGUGGCCAAUACCUUCACAGCCCAUUGGUUAUGAGACUAAAACAUACCUCAUUGCUCUAACAAAUGCUGAAGAUGUCGACGAAAAAGGAUGCUGUUGUGUUAUCAACCUCAUCUUGUAAGGAUCGCUUUGAUGCUGGGAUAGCAUCCGCCUUGUAAGCUUUUCCGAUAAUGUUAGACUGAGGUUUAUCAAUUUUAUGCUCAUAACUGACAUUGUGGAUGGAGAAUUGCUGCAGAGUGUAUAAGCAUCAGCAGUACAGAAAAUAAAUGCUGUAUUUUUAUGCAUGUUAAUAAAGGAAUGACCAGUUUUUGUUCUGCAGCUAAUGGAAAUCGGGUGGGAGGGUAGGGGGUGGGAAUUCUUCAAAAUCUCCAAAUAAGGGCAGAACAUUUUGUUAUAUACUUUUUUUUUGUUUUCUUUUUGUUUUUAGAAGUCGAGCUAUUAGUUAAUCUAUCUUCCACAACAUUUUUACGUAGCACUGAAUAAAUGAUGCAAAAUUGUCAAUGGUUGAAUGAUCAACUAAUAGCUCUGCUAGCUAUUGAUUUAUUUUCCUCAAUAAAGUUGCAUAAACCAA